GUGAGUCAGCCUCUGUGCGGGCAAUUUGAACACCACCCAGCCGCUGCACGCGGCCAGGUCGUUCCUGGCCUUCCCCUGCACUCCAGCCUCUUCCCCUGCGAAGGCCGAGAAGGAGCUGCGGGGCCGCAACCCUGCGCGCCCGCCAUGGGCCCGCGCCGGAGCCGCAAGCCCGAAACCCCAAGGAGGCGCACCGCGAGCCCGCCUCCCGCCGCCCCCCGGCCGCGCCCCUCCUUAGUUCGUCGUCGGAGACAUCGGGUACUGAGAGAGAUCCGAGUUCUUCAGAAGAGCACACACCUAUUGUUAAGGAAGGCCCCGUUCUGCCGCCUGGCAAGAGAAAUAUGUGUUCAAUUCACUCGUGGUGUGGACUUCAAUUGGCAAGCCCAAGCCCUGUUGGCCCUACAAGAGGCAGCGGAAGCGUUUCUGGUUCAUCUCUUUGAGGACGCCUACCUCCUCUCCUUACACGCCGGCCGUGUUACUCUCUUCCCGAAGGAUGUGCAACUGGCCAGGAGGAUCCGAGGCAUUCAGGAAGGGCUCGGCUGAGCUCCUGUCGCCUGUGUCUCUGGGUGAGACCAGAUCCAUGGAGUAUGAGGUGCUGCCUGGACUUGCUGUCUCUGAGCGGAGUGUGCACGUUGCUUUUGUAAUUAGUUUUUUUUUUUAAAGAGAUGACUGCAUGGCUUUCCUCUGUAACAGAGGUAAUAUAUGAGAAAAUGGACACAUUUCAGAUGAAGAGACUCCAAGGUUGACUUCACUUUGCAAAUUAUUCAUGUGACUGUUUGAUGAUUUUGAAGACAUCAGAUUUUCUAGGUUACGGGAGAAAAGGAUAUUUACUUAUUAUUUUAGAUCUAUCUGUACCAUUUAAAUUUUUUACCAUAUGUAUAUUUACUUUUAUUUAAAACAGAAGGGGGAAAAGUAAGAGAAGACUCCUUCAGUCAGUUGCACAGAAGAGCCUGGCACAUCUCACAUACAAAUCUCUGUCCUUCAGGUUAAUUUCAUCAUUAGUGGCAACAGCAAGUUCCUGUGUGGAUUGUGCCUGUCAACAGAUUAUAGCUUUUUAAAAACUCGAUUGGGAUGAAAAUAGACAGUCUUUAAGGUGAUGUGUUGUUCUGGUUCCUUCGAGUAGAUUCCUAUCAAAAUCAUUCAGAAAUUCUAGCUUGUAGAAUUUAUUUUAUUCUUAUUUGCAAACCAUAGAAGAUGUAUCAUAAUUUAUACUUUAUAUUCCAGGCUUCUAAAGUGCCUUUUCAAUGUUUUUAUAGGUAUUUUUAUAACUUCUUUGUGGAGAAAUAAUAAAAAUAAAAAUAAUUCUUUAAUGAGAAAAAUUGAAGGUACUGUUGCACAGAGAUCAUACUGUGUUCUUUAUGUGUUAGCGUCAAGUUCGUCAUUUGGACACGUUGCUAAAAGCCACAAUUUAAACAAGAGGAUUGAGGGAUGUGUUUUUGCCUCCAGUGGAGCAGAGUAUGAGUGGAUAAAAACUUUGCCCUUCUGUUGUAACUGAAAGCAGUUUAAGAGAUUUCCAGAGAAAUGAGAAGUGUCACCCAAAGAUUUCUAGGUUUUGUAUGCGUUGAAAAUGAUUAGUGAGGGCGGAUACUAAUAAUAAUGAAGUGUCAGCCAGCUGAAUUCAGAGGCAAACUAAAGGGAAGAACCAAACUAAAAUUUGAUAAAUUUUAACCCUUUGGAAAAACCUUUUCCUAUUUGACAUCAGCUCAUAUUUACAUAGACAUUCAAAUAAAGCUUCUCUAUCUAUGCAUAUACUUAAAAUUCUUGUCAGAGUGUUAUUCAUUAGAAGAUUAUACCCUUCCUCUAGUUUUCUUUAAAUUGAUACUUCUCUGCUCUCCUAAACUUGU